UUCCCUUUCAAAGCCCCCCUGCAAAAUGGGCCUGAGCUCUUCCAAGGCACAUCCCAAGGUGACCAAGGUGGCACCAAUGCGCUCCGCAGAGGACCUGCCUUCUCUCUCUGCCCUGCACCGGCUCCCCAGUGUGCCAGGACAGCCCAGCCUGCACCCAUCAGACGUGGAAAAGUGGGGAAAACCCAUUUUCCACCUGGAACUUCCACCUCUCCGGGAGACCUGGUACGGGAGAGCCUCUUCAGGGCCCCUCUCUUUCAACACCAUGCCCCAAAAGGAAGGAACCAGCAUCAUUAAGCAGCACCCGCCUCGAAGACCUCAAAGGCUUGAACCUGCCAUCCCUCCACAAGCAAUCGCUCCUGUGAAGCCCUGGAGUCAGCGAGGAGUGGCUGCAAGCCCAAAACCAAAGGUGCUGGAGAAGAGGGGGCAAAGCCUGAAUCACCUCCCUGGCAGGAGACAGCACUUACACAAGCUUCAGAUGCUGGACUUGACCCGCAAGCGACAAGAGGCGGAGCUGAAACGAAAUCUCCACAGGGAGGCAAAAGCCAGUAAACCAAAAAUCAAGGAAUUCAGCCCGAUGGACAUCCUUGACACUCUCCAGAGAAGCAACAGCAAUGAAAGCCGAGGCCUUGUCCCUGCUGAGCACAAUCAGCGUUUUCACGAAGACGACCAUGGAAACACGUGGGGUGAAGGACUCUCCAGACAAUGUGAUGGAGCUGAACUGUCUCCAGGCAGAAGAGGGAAGGUCGACCUGUGGUUCUGCAGGGAGCCCCGGACGAGGGAUCUGUUCUGGGACACCUCCAGCACGGGGUCUGAGGAGUGGGAAAGGGAAGAGAAGAUUCACCGCAAACCUGCACUUGUGAGGACCAAGACGGAGAGAGUUUCCCUCUUUGAUGACUUCUUUGACAGGGAUUUCUAGUGGCACA